UUGUAAAUUUCACCCGGAUUCCCGUACUUGAUUUUUUUACAUCUUUGAGAAAUGAAUUCUAUUUUCACAAGCUUUCACGUCUGAUUGGUUUGAUAUUCUUAUCAAAAAACUGUUUGAGUACAAACUUUUAGCGGUGGUUUCACCUGGAUUUCUCUGCAUGAAGGAAGAAUAGGCCCAGUCACUCCAACUUCCAACCUGCUCUGUUUGGAUGUCUGUCAUAAAGCCCACAGCAGUUCUUGAAGAAUUGGUGGCAUGUUGAAGAAAUCAUUGUUCCUUCAAGUAUGAGGGGUGUGAUCCUUGAGGCUGCUAAACGUAGCCAUUUGCGCUUUUUUACUGUGAUAUUAGCUGUGUUAGUGAUUUGCACUCAAUUAAGUGUAAUUUUAAAUCUUAGCAAUCGAAUAUAUUCCCAAACCACACCAAAGUCAAAUCACUCCAAAUUGGUUCAAUCAAAGACUAUUUUAGAUGUGCUUCGAGAAUUACCCAAUCCUCAAGUAGACGAAUAUGAAUUCAAAUCCAAAGUAGUUCGUCCAAAUCAAGACAUGGUCGCAAAUUUUGCCAAGCACCCAUCCAUGAUCAUUGAAAAAUUGGAAAAGUUUGUUGAUGGAGAAUCACACAGAACGGAGCGCUUAAUUGAAGACAUUCAAGGAGUCCGCCGUAACUUGAGAUUGAAGGACCAAGAUGACCAAGAACCCAAAGCACAACUGGGAGGGAGGAAAUUACAAAGUGUUGAGGGGACUCAGGAAUGUCCAACCACAUCCCCCUAUUUACUUGGACCGCUUGUUGUCAAACAGUCUCACGUUCCUGCUUGGGAUCCUGGCACUGAGGCAUUUCAAAAAUGGUAUGGAAACAUCAACCCAGGCGGAAGUUUUGCACCAAGAGAAUGCCAACCUCGACAGAAAGUGGCAAUUAUAAUUCCUUACAGGGAUCGAGAGGAACAUCUUCGUCUGUGGCUAUAUCACAUGCAUCCAAUUCUACAACGCCAGCAACUGGAUUAUCAAGUGUUUGUUGUGGAACAAACUUCAGACGAAUCAUUCAAUCGAGCAGCGCUUAUGAACAUUGGAUAUGUGGAAGCCAAUAAAGUUGGCAAUUUCUCUUGUUAUGUGUUCCAUGACGUGGAUAUUGUCCCAGAGGAUGACAGAAACAUUUAUUCGUGCCCUGCCGACCGACCAAAGCAUUUAGCGGUGGCAGUGAACAAAUGGAAAUAUCGCCUAAUUUAUGACAAAUACUUCGGAGGAAUCACUGCCUUGAAUAAGGAGCAAUUUGAAAAGAUCAAUGGUUUUGCCAAUAGCUUCUAUGGAUGGGGUGGUGAAGAUGACGAACUUUACAAUCGGGUUUCGAAUGCAGGCUACGAAAUAUUUCGUUACCCAGCCCACAUUGCCAGAUUUUCCAUGUUAAAGCAUGAUCCUGCCGUAAAAGGAGAAAAUGUGGACAGGCUAAUGGAGAAAAGUAAAGCCAACAAGCUCAAGGGUGACGGCUUGAAGACAUUGCGUUACAAGAAGCUUAAUCAAAAGAACUUUCCUUUGUACACGUGGCUCUUGGUGAAGCUUCCCAAAGCUCCGCCCAAAGUGAAAAAGACCUUGUGGGAUUUUGGAAAGGAAUCUCUGAUCAGUGGUCUAAAUUUACUCGGCGGUAGUUUGGCUGAACAGGUGUCCAAUGCAGUUGACGAUAUGGCAACUACUAACGAGAAGAACAUGGCCAAGGGCAGCUCUCUUGUGUAUUGAGGAAGUGUCUUCAGACAAUACAUAAGUAUGAAAUACACAUUGGAAUUGAUGUCAAA